GCCCAUCCAUAUAUCUUGUGUUGCGAAUCAAACUCUUGGCCUGGCCAUGGCAAUCCGUAACAUCAUAUUUUCCGUUUCUAUUUUGGGAAAAUGGAAAACGCCUCGUAAAGUACAACGCAAGUGAAACAGCGUGGCAAAUGGGAAACGAUCGGACGGUUUUAAUGCCAAGUGUGUUGUGUUGCCUAUUCUCGGGCCGCUCCUCGUUAACGACGUCGUUCUACAUGUGACAGUUCCGACAAGUGCAGGCCAAUAUCUCUCUGUCUCAAACCCCAAACCCAAUUUCGCAACCUCCGUUCAUAUCAUCGCCAGAACACCCUCCCAGUUCCCAUUCGUCUCGCAGAUUCAGAGCCUCUUCUCUGCUCAGGUACCCCUAAUUUUGUAUUCUUUUGAUCUUUUUUACCCAUAAAUACAAUCCGGUAUCCUAAGGUAUACACUAUACACUUUUGAAACCGGCUUUUGAAUGGUAUAGAUUUUCCCAGAUUCAAAACCUACAUGGGUUGCCGUUUUCGCUUCUUUGAUCUCUGAAAGGUCCAAUCUUUAGUGGUUCUUCGAUGACUUUGAGGUUGAUUUCACAGAUUUCUUGAUUUUAUGGAUAUGAAUUUGCUGGAUGAAUGGGUACACCUUGUUUGGAUUUAAUGGACUUGGUUGCACUUUUUGUUUGAUGUCCAAUAUUUAGAUGGGUAUUCCAUAUUGGCAAGAGUCCUUACUUUGUGAUAUGAUUUAGCUGGUUGUAUAGUUAUACUUUGUUUGGAUGUAACCGUCUGGGACUGGUAAUAUUCCAUGUUUGAUUGGGCAGUCUCUUGAAAAUAAAGAUGCCUGCAAAGGAGAAAGUGGUAACAACCUUAUCCAUGGAAAGUAACCAUUUUUCCACACUUUUGUCUAUGGAUACUUCCUACAUGCAUCAUGAUGAAAUCGAGGAUGAACUAAAUCUAAGCUUUUCUCCUCCGGAUAUUAACAUCCCGCUAUUAGAUGCCCCUACCCCUUUCCCUGGCCCUGAAGACUUAUACUUGGAUGUUGGACUUUGUCCACAGCCUUUUGAGUCAGAUGUGCAUGGUAAUAAUGGCACCAAAAUUGGAAAGAAAUGUGCCAAGAGGCUUGAUAGUGUCUGGGGCGCUUGGUUUUUCUUCAAUUUCUACUUCAAACCAGUUUUGAAUGACAAGUCAAAGGGCAGCAAUGGGGUCCGCCAAACUAAAGGGGUAGCUUCAGGUUUCGAGAAGUCCGAUUUGAAUUCAGAAGUUUUCAUCGUCCAACAUGAUCUCGAGAACAUGUACAUGUGGGUUUUCAAGGAGAGACCUGAAAAUGCUCUUGGGAAGAUGCAAUUGAGAAAUUACAUGAAUGGGCAUUCAAGACAAGGACAAAGACCAUUCCCAUUUAGUGCGGACAAAGGGUUUAUCCGCUCACACAAAAUGCAGAGGAAGCAUUACCGCGGGUUGUCCAACCCGCAAUGCGUUCAUGGUAUUGAAAUCGUCCGGUCCCCUAACCUAACUGGGAUCAACGAGGAUGAGCUAAAGAAGUGGAUGGAGCUAACGGGCCGGGAUUUGAACUUCUCUAUCCCACUCGAAGCCACUGACUUUGAAUCUUGGAGGAAUUCUCCCCCAACAACAGAAAUUGAUCCGAAAAGAUUGAUAAAUGGUUCAAGUCUGAAUCUAAAUGGGGAAGGUGGUCUAGAUAUGUUGGCAGUCUGUAACAAACGAAAGAAAAACGUUGAUGAUGAAAUAUGCUUAUUAUCUAAUGAUAAUAAUAACUUUUCUAAUUCCGACAAAAUCACUGAUUCCUCCCCCUCCCAUCAAGUUGAACCGUCAUGGUUAAGUGAAUGUUUCGGUGUGAUGAGGUGCGCAUACGGUCCGGUUACUGCAGCAAAAACCAUAUAUGAAGAUGAAGAGGGUUUCUUGAUCAUUGUUAGUAUGCCUUUCGCUGAUCUUAAAAGGGUAAAAGUGACUUGGAGAAACACGAUCUCUCAUGGGAUAGUGAAGAUAUCUUGUGUCAGCACAGGGUGUGCCCCUGUGAUAAAAAGACAGAAAAGGGCUUUCAAACUCACUGAUCCUGCCCCUGAACACUGCCCUCCUGGGGAAUUCGUGAGGGAAAUUAUCCUCCACAGUCGUAUCCCAGAGGAUGCUAAGCUGGAAGCGUUUGGUGACGAGUCAGGGACUAUGCUCGAGAUACUUGUGCCUAAACAUCGUGUGGGACCCGAGGAGCAUGAAGUCCGGGUCUGCCUUCGCCCUUCUCCUUGGAGUGAAUAGCAAUAUUGAGUCAGAAUUGCAUUGGUUGGUCUUUAAAAAUUCAACAUAUCUUCUAUGUAUCUCUGGCGUCACUAUAUAUACGAGUAGUAGUAGGCCUUAUUUAAGGAGAUAAAACUGAGGUACCUUAUUUUCAAGUUGUCAUUGUUUGUGAUGCAUUGGUGCUUGUUAUUUAUGUUUUAUUAAAAUACUAAGCGUCUGGGAUGAAUUAAAGUAGUCAUCUUUUUCAGGAAUAAGGAUCUUAAUUUGUCAAUAUUAAUUUUGCAAUCAGGCGUGUGUAUAUUGGCAAUUCCAAAGCCC